UCGGCCUUUGUCCCUGGCCCCGGAACCCGCGAGGGGUCCUCUCUCCGGAGCUCCCAGGUGUCCCUUUCGCAGCCUGUGUCAUCCUGUGACCUGCAGGUACUGGGAGAUCCAUAGGGAGAACCCCAGGAGCCCCCAGCAGCUGGGAAUGGGACUGCUGACGUUCAGAGAUGUGGCCGUAGAAUUCUCUCUGGAGGAGUGGGAAUGCCUGGACCCUGCUCAGAGGAAUUUGUACAGGGACGUGAUGUUAGAGAACUACAGGAACCUGGUUUCCGUGGGUCUUACUGUCUCUAAGCUAGACCUUGUCACCUGUCUGGAACGAAGCAAAGAGCCCUGGAAGGUGAAGACACACAGCACAGUAGCCAAACACCCAGCUAUGUCUUCUUAUUACAUUCAAGACCAUUUGCCGGAGCAGAGCACAAAAGAUUCAUUCCAAAAAGUGAUACUGAGAAGUUUUGGAAGAUGUGAUCUUGAGAAUUUAAAUUUGCUGAAAGACUGGCAAAGUGUGAGUGAGUGUAAGGGGAAGAUAUGUUGUUACAAUGGAUUUAACCGGUGUUCAAAAACUACCCAUUGCCAAAUCUUCCAAUAUAAUAAAUGUUUGAAAGUCCUUAGAAAAUUGUCAGAUCUAAAUAGACAUAAGAUAAGACGUUAUAGAAAAACUUUUCAAAUGUAAGGAAUGUGGAAAAGCCUUUAAAGAAAGCUCACACUCUACUGAACUCAAAAGAAUUCAUACUGGAGAGAAAUAUGACAAAUGUAAAGAAUGUGGCAAAGCAUUUAACCACAGCUCAAACCUUUCCAAACACAAGAUUAUUCAUAUCAAAGAAAAAUGGUACAAAUGUGAAGAAUGUGGUAACUGGUGCUCAGACCCAACUAAACAUAAGAGAAUUCAUAUAGGAGAGAAACCCCACAAAUAUCAAGAAUGUGGCAAAACCUUUGAAAGGAAUACACACCUGACUGUACAUAAGAGAAUUCAUACUGGAGAGAAACCCUACAAAUGUGAACAAUGUGGCAAAGCCUUUAACAGGUAUUCAUACUUUAUUAUACAUAAGAGAAUUGAUAGUGGAGAGAAACCCUAUAAAUGUGAGGAACGUGGCAAAGCUUUUAAUGGGUGCCAAGCCCUUAGUAGCCAUAAGACAAUUCAUACAGAAGAGAAGUCCUACAAAUGUGAAGAAUGUGACCAAACUUUUAAGAAGCACUUACACCUCACUGAACAUAAGAGAGUGCAUGCUGAAGAGAAACCCUACAAAUGUAAAGAAUGUGGGAAAGCUUUUAAGCGUAAUGCACACCUCUCUAGACAUAAGCUAAUUCAUACAGGAGAGAAACCCUACAAAUGUGAUGAAUGUGGGAAAGCUUUUAAUCGGCGUUCAACCCAUACUAACCAUAAGAGAAUUCAUACAGGAGAGAAACCCUACAAAUGUAAUGAAUGUGGGAAAGCUUUUAAUCAGUGCUCAACCCAUAUUAACCAUAAGAGAAUUCAUACAGGAGAGAAACCCUACAAAUGUGAAGAAUGUGGCAAAGCCUUUAAUAAUUCCUCAUACUUUUCUGUACAUAAAAGAAUUCAUAGUGGAGAGAAACCCUACAAAUGUGAGGAAUGUGGCAAAGCUUUUAAUCAGCGCUCAAACUAUACUAACCAUAAGAGAAUUCAUACAGCAGAGAAAUCCUAAAAAUGUGAAGAAUGUGGCAAAUCCUUUAAACAGUCCUCACAGCUCACAGAACAUAAGAGAAUGCAUGCUGGAGAGAAACCCUACAAAUAUGAAGAAUGUGGCAAAGUGUUUCCCCAGUGCUCUUAACAUACCAUACAUGAGAGAAUUCAUACAUGAGAAAAACCCUACAAAUGUAAAGAAUGUGGAAAUGCCUUUAAUAACUGCUCACAUAUUACUUGGCAUCAGAGAGUUCAUACUGUAUAAA